AUACGGGAGCGGAGGCCACUAUAAUUGCUGGGAAUCCAAAAUAUUAUAAAGGGCAACAAGUCACUAUUACUGGAUUGGGGGGAAAACAGACCCUUUUUGUACAGGCUAUGGUUGAAUUAAAAAUUGGACAACUUCCUAAAAAGAAAUAUUCUGUGUUGAUUGUACCUAUUAAAGAACACAUAACAGGUAUAGAUAUAUUAAAAGGAAUGCAAUUAGAUUUGCCUGAUGGCCGAUAUCAGUUUGGUGUUCGUAAUUGUAAAUAUGUAAAUACUGUUAUAGUUGGACGGUUAAAAAUGCCUCCCGUGGAAUUACCUCCAGCUGUUAAGACUGUGAGAAUGAAACAAUACUGAAUUCCGGGAGGGCAUAAAGAGAUAACUGAUACAAUACAAGAGUUAGUCAAAACAGUCAGUAUGCAGAAUUAUAUGCUGUUUUUCAAACUUUAAAGCAAGAAAAUUUAGGAGAGUGUUAUCUAUACACAGACUCGUGGUCGGUAGCUAAUGGGUUAACUACUUGGUUGCCUACUUGGCAAAAACAUCAAUGGAAAGUUCACGCAAAAGAAAUCUGGGGUAAGGAUUUAUGGCAGGAGAUUUGGGAUAUUGUAUUUAAAACAAAUGUUACUGUAUUUCAUGUUGAUGCGCAUUGUCCUAUUGAUUCAUUAGAACAUUUAUUCAACUCUAUUUCAGAUGAAAAAGCAAAAGUUGCUGAAGCAGAGACCCAGCCAAUUGAUGAUAUAGACCUUAAAGGUUUGGCUUCCUGGGCACAUCAGAAAAGUGGACACUUAGGAGAAAAAGCCACGUAUAGAUGGGCGCAAUCACGGGGAAUAGAUCAACAUUAAAGGAAAAAGAAGUCUUACCUAUGAGGACUGAAAAACUCUUUCCCAAAAUGGUGGUUGGAUUCCCAGGACGAUCAACUAUCUUGUGGCCCUACGCAAUCUUUGCUCCAGGAAAUGGAGGUCGGGUUUGUCAAAUUCUUAUUUUGGCAGGACUUGUGUUCCUGAUUGUCAUGCUGACUACUACCUGUGUGUAUCAACCACAGGAUUUGCCAUGGUGUGAACAAUCUUCAGAUCAAAUCAAUGGGAGCAGAGAGAGAUCUAAAAGGGCACUGUCUUUGCAAGGGGACAAUUUGUGGGAGUAUAUGACUAAAGAUGUAUUGAACACUAGCUACAUGUGCUUAAAGGAUGUCCUAAGUGCUGGUGAACUAAUUGAGACUUGUUUUAUUGCCAUCCCUACACCCACGACAGUUUUGACAGCAACAUUUCAAAGAAAAUAUAAUGACUCAAAUGUUGAGGACUCAGAUACUGAAACUUAUAUACCUGUUUAUGCAUAUGUUGCAGAUCAGAAUGCUACAAGAAAAAUGAAAAAAAGUUUUCUUUCUUUGAUCACUCACCAUAUAACUGCAGCAGAUGUGUGUUAUAAUAUGACUUGUGAUAGUGUAAAGAUUCCUGCUUGUAUUAUGGUCAAGAGUAUAAAUGCUACCAGUAAAGCUAUUGCUAGUCUCUUAGCAGAUUUUGGAGAUAUUAGAAAUGCAGUAGUACAAAAUAGGGCUGCCAUUGAUUAUUUGCUUUUUAAGCAUAACCAUGGUUGUCAAUAUUUUAAGGGUAUGUGUUGUUUUAACCUUUCUGACCAUUCUCAUGCCAUUAACCAACAAUUAGGUAUUCUACAUAGUUUAGUCACUAACAUCACUGAACAUAAGGAUGAAGGUUGGUGGGACUGGCUUACUAGUUGGAUCCCUGAUGUGGGAGGUUGGGUUCAAACAGUUAUAGAAGUAGUUUUGGUUGUGAUAUUUUGUCUGAUCAUAAUUCAAUGCUUACCCUCACUAAUAUCUAUGUGUACCCAAAAGCAACAAAAAAGUAUAACUUUUUAAGUAUAUACUUAUAGGUAUACUAUAUAACCCAAUUAUUUAGUGGUAUAGUUACAGUUACCAUAAUCUUCGAUAGUAGGAAAGUAGGAAAUAUAAUUUGGUAGUACAUCCAAUAUUGAUAUCAUUGAUUUUCAUAUGUUGUGAAGUCUCUCGCUUGUAUUGCAAACAACCGAGGGUCGUGUGAGAUUCUAUUGAAUGCAAUUGAUCAAGGGUCGAAUGUGAUACAAAUGUGACAUGGCAGGCCAUGUAUGAAUGUGAAUGUGAUCAAGUGCAUU